UGACACUUCAGUCAGUUCAUAAACUUGAAACAGUGUAGUAAACGAAGACGGAGACUGUGUGUGCAUGCCACAAAAAGGGCGAGAUAUAAGUGAAAAUGCAAAAUGAAUAAAAUUAUAUUACUACUUGCAACAAAAAAUCGAAAAUUUCAUAACCUGUCGAUGUGAUGUGAAGAAGCCGUGUUAUCCACGCGCUGACUAAAGCAUAAUAGUUACAGAAAAAGUAAAAGUGUAGUAACGUGUAUGCACAUGUAAAUGUAUUGCUGCGAACGUGUCCAUGUGUUCGUGUGCGUGCCCAAAUUCACAACAGACAAUAAAUCACUAAGUGUCAAAGAUCAAUUGGAUGUGGAAAAUUUAUCGAGAUGCUGAAUGUAAAACAAAGUACACUAUUUGCAAAGUGCUUCAACGCCUAAAAGCACGCAAUCCGCCUGGAGAUAAGCAAAUAUAACUUAGUGCUGGAGAUUUGAAAAAAUUUUACACCUGGAAAUAGACGGUGAAAAGUGACAAAUAAUGCCAAAUCUACUUUAAAGCUUUUGUUGACAUUACCAGAUACAGAUGUACAUCGGUAAACAACAUCAAAUAUGUACUGCAAACCAACAACAACCAAUUAUACAAUACAAAACCUUCUAAUAAAUUACUCAUAAAUUAACCAAAUAACAGUUACAUAAGCCCGAUUGUAAAAAAAAGGAAAAAAAAUUAAAAAUAGGUGCGAAAUGAAUAAAUAUUUUCAAAAUUGAACCAUCAGUGAAUGCUCACCAUAAGCAAGCAAAUAUACAAAUCUUAUAUGCAAAUCAUACUUGAAGAAACGCCGGCUGCAUAAUUUAAAUUUCCUCAACUUUCCGCCAACUCAACGGCUGCGAGCGUCACAGCCUCAGCAUGGAUAUCGAGCAGCUCUUGUACUGUUUCAUUCUUCUAAUCGCGGAUUUUCAUCGAAUUUCCUGCCUCUUUGUUACUGACAUCAAUGUUCCGGAAAUUGUUGAUUUUCGCGAUAAUGUCACGUUAUCCUGCAGUUAUGAUAUGAGCGGACAUACGUUGAAUUCCGUAAAAUGGUACAAGGAUAAGCAGGAAUUUUUCAGAUACUCGCCAAUGAUGCAUCCGGUGUAUAUGAAAUUUCCCGUCGCUGGCGUUCAAGUGCAAGAUGGCAAGUACUUCUGCAACGAAUCGACGUGUCGGGUGGAUUUAAGUUUAGUCGGCGCCAAAUCAACGGGCACAUACGAAUGCGAGGUAUCUGGCGAUGCGCCACACUUCAAGUUGGCGGCAAAAGGAGACAACAUGACCGUAGCAGCGCUGCCUCAGAGUGACCCGCUGAUCGACAGCUUCAAUUCAAUGUACCGCAUGGAGGAACUGUUGAGCGCCACCUGCACCUCGGACUAUUCAAGUUUGCCCACGCGACUGACAUGGUUCAUCAACGCCGAACAGGCUUCGCUGGGCGAACUGCAACCCAGCAUUGACACCAGCAUUCCGGCGCACGAUUAUGUCCUGCGACGCCAAAAGCUUCAGGUGCGCUUUUAUUUGAGCGGACCACGCUUCUAUCAUGCUGGAAAAAAUCUGGAAUUGAAGUGCGUGGCGGAAAUUGAAAAUUUCCCGGAACUGAAGCGUGAAACUUCAUUGACUGCGGCAAUCACACACUAUGACAAUUUGAACAAUCAGAUGCUGAUACAUGCCGGCAGUGGAGCGAGUGGUGCUGCGCCCGGCAUUCAUCAACACAUUCCUGCUAGUAAAGUUAUACCCAUUUUGUUUGUGAUAUGUUUAAUGUUUAGCAGCAUGCUACUCUCUUUAUGAUCUGCCUGCGAUAUAUUGGCAACUAGCAAAAGACAGAAAAUCACCAAGAGACGGCAAAUGGAACUGGCGAAGCAAACAACAACUGUUUCGAUUUGGCAACAGAGCCAAGCAUCGACGAGAGCAACCAUGACUGCGUCCACUAUAUCACAUUAGUUAGUUAGAUGUAACCAAUUAUGAUGUAAAUAUAAAGAAAAAAUGAAGAAAGGUAACCUAUAAACAUACAAACUACUAAACAUAACAUAAAUUUAAAUUAAAAAUCACCAAAACUGAUGAAAGACGCUGGAAAAUACAUAUAUACCUAAGUAAGCAGAUUAUAUAACUGAAAUGAUAAGGAAGUGAUGUGCAUUUAAUUAUGAUUAUUAACUCAUUGUGGAAGAUUUAUUAUUUUAAUAAAAAUCAAUGAUACUCGUACCUUAGUAUAAGUUCUCAAAGGUUGAUUGGUAUUAAGUUGAACGCCAACUUGUGUUAGAAAGCGCUUACUUAGUUACCCAACGCAUGUGUGCACUCAAAGUGCGCCUGCGCCAUGCCAGUGCAUUAAUAAUAUUCGAAAUUAAUUUAAAAGUAAGUUUUUACAAUUGCUUUGCGGCGGAUUUGCAAUGUUUUUACAUAAGAUUUCCACCUACUUUGGGAAACACGAAUGCAUUCAGGUAAGGCAGCACCACUAAGAUAUUGACUAUUGUACACUUAGUCGUCAGAUAAGCCAAUACUUAUAUGCAACUACACACCCAAGAAAAUUUAUAAACACAUACUCACAUACAUACAUGCAUAUAUAUUUUUCUAAAAGCAAUAAUUAUUGUUAAUAAGUAAGUGAAUGUACAUAAGUUACUGAGGUUUGAUAAUAUAAUUUUUAUAUUUUCUCUUUUUUUUCAUACAAUUUUUUUUUUAUUUUAAACAUUUCUUAAACAAGAGUCCGAUAAAUAUACUUACAACCUACAAAUAAAAAAAUCAUUUUAUUCCCCUUUUAGUUUCUUAGUUCUAUAAACUUUAUACAGCAAUAUUCCAUUUAACCCAUGUGAAAAGUACGUCUUUUAGAUUUUUGCAAAAUAUGCUAGGCCUUCGUGGAAAAAAUAUUCGAGCGAAUUUUUUUCAAAACAAGGAACACAGUGAAUGGAGCAGAGCUAUUCGGGGCCCACCAAUUCAACCAAUUAUGGUAUGAGUCGUUGAAAUAUCAUCACGAAAAAGCUCCUAUUCUCACCGAAUGGAUCCGAUUUUUUUAUUAAUUCAGCUUAGAAUUGGUCAAAAUAUCAAAAUUAGUAGCUCUGUGAUAGUUUUGUUUUUGUUCAGAUAGUCAAAACAGAUAACGCAUUGUGAACCCCAAAAACCGUGACCAUCACUUUACGUGCUGUUCACCGCUACGAAUGUUCCUUGGUCUCUGUACCAGUGAAAUCAUGCAGACACUCCCUCGGAUUUAGCUAUAAUAAUUUCAAAUACAGCUGAAAAGUAGUUUCACGCUUGUCUAACAAGAACCAAAUGUAAGUGUCUGCAUUCUCCCUGCAUGGCCGAGAUAUAGUUGUUGUUAUUAUAACGGUUAUCUAAUCCCCGUUAGUGUGGUAAGGAACAGAUAAGUUGCCAUCGAGGUCAUACAACAGUAGGCCACGAAACGUGGUUCUUCGAUGGAGCCGGACCAUAGGGAGAAAAGUGUCUGAUGUGUAGACUUAGCCGGGCAUGUAAAGAGAUGUUUACUGUCAUGCAGGAACUCGUUGUUCGCUUUGUUUGAUAUAUCAGGGUCGAUUUUGGAUAAGUAGCAGUUUCAUAUGUUACAGUUUCCAGAACGAAGUUGCGCAAGGGUAAAAUUUCCACAACAUCCAGUUCUACGUUACCGGAGAGUUUGUCAUCAUUGGGCCAACGCCUUGCAACAGUGUUGCUUCGUAUUCUCCAAACUUGUGCUGGCAUUGAGUUUAACCCGGGCCCGAAGGAAUUUUUUUGCUAUAUAUGCUCGGUAUGUAACAAAAAUUUGUUUUGAAAAUUAUGCCGAAAAUUAUGGUCAUAAUUUCAUUCAUAAAUCCGUUAUUUCAGUUUUCGAUGAAAGAUUUUUCAAUCUUAGCUUUAUAGACGUUAAAAAAAUCUCCUUUGCACUCUCAAAUUUAAUUGGAAAAUUAGGCUUUAAUUAAUGAUAUCUCCAAAUUUGUGUCUUCACUUUCGCGAUCUGUUCUAGUGCCCCACUUCUUUGAGUCUGCUCCUUAAUUUUUUCGGAAUAUUUGAAAGGUUAUACUUUGUAGAGAAAUUAAAUAAUUUUUUUCUGUAGUUUUCUUAAUUUACUAAUCAUAUCUAAUUAAUUCAGAAUUAUAAUAGCGUGUUCUAUAUCAUGUCAUUUUGCAUAUGUAUAUAUAAACAUUUUCAUUUUAUAAUUUAACACAGAAUCAUAAUUCUCUAAAUAUUUUAAAUCAAAGCAUAUAAUGCAUUUCUCCAAACGUUAACAAAUGUUAUCCAAUAUUUAGACUUAAAACCAAAUUCUAUAUUCGUGUUUAAUUAUGCACCGAAAAUUUCACAAAAUGUAUACUCACCCAUACAUACACAAAUUCACCGUAUUAAUGUAAAUUUCAUAAGCAAAGUAUAAAAACAAAAUAAUUUUGCACCAGAAAUUCAAGAAUUUAAUAGUUUGUGAAAUUAAAUAAAAUAAAAAAAAAAACAAAAUGUGGGUUAGAUAGAAAACUCUGAAGAUCAAAACUGCUUUGCUGACAACACUUGACAUUCACGUUCUGUAUAAUAAUUCACCUAAUUUGAGCUGAAUAGCAGAUUUUAUUAUCCCGUGCUCAACUGUAGCAUGCUUUUAAGGGCAGAAAUUGAAGUAAAAUAAUUUUUUUUACAUUGAAAAGAUAUAAAAUUAAUCAGUUAAAUAUUUCCUUUUAAAUAUAAAAAGUUUACAUUCACUUCAUCCUUAAUGUCGUGGUAAAGGGUUUUCUAUCUAAUCGCACACAAAAAUUAUAUGAAUUAUGUAAAGUUAACUAUACAGUUUAAAAAUUCUGGUUCGCCAACGAACUGUUGUAAAUAUAAAAUUUUAAAAAUAUAAAAUUAGAAGUACUUUAAUUAAUAAGUAAAUGGUAAAAUUUAAUAACAAGAAGACACACUCUACCAAUGUUAACUUAUGGCAAUGAAAUGUUGAAAUGAAUUUUAGGCAACAUAAAACUGAAGGAAGCGCAAAAAAUUUAUCAGUGGUGCAAUUAUACAUAUUAAAAAAUAGAACGAAAGAAUUAAGGAAAUAAAUACAAAGAUUACCAAAUAAAAACUAAGAUACUAAAAAAUUCAUGAAACUGAAAAAUACCAAAUCUGUAAAAUAAUCUCUAGGCUAUUAAAUCUAAGUUAUAAGUAAAAGUGAAAAUGAAUUAAAUUCAAAUACAAAAUGCCAAAUGUACUAAAUAAAUAAAAAUCCACAGUUUCGAGAGCCUCAUAUACCAAAUGAACUAAUGCCUAAUGAUGCCAAAGACAAACUCGGCAAAAAGCAGUGCAAAUGAUGGCGAAAAUUAAAGCUGCGGUGGGCUGUUUGUCUGCCUCAUUAAGACAUGUGGAUAUAACUAAUUAAGGGAAAAAAGAAACACAUAAUUAUAGUUAUAAGAUUAUUGUUAAAUGUUACUUUUCUUUGAAGUAUUAUUCACUUUUAAUUUUGUUUUUAUUUUUUCCAGAUGUAAAAUAUUAAUUAAGAAAAGUGAAAAUAAACGAAAAACUGAAACU